GUCAGUGCAAACCUGUUCAGUCGUUUUUUUUCGGUUGGACCUCCGGCGAUAAACAAAAAACUUCUGGGCACGUCCGGUGAAGCCAGCGGCUAACGGAGCUGCUACCUGCCGUUUGGGAAAUGUCCACCGGAACAUUUAAAGACAAUGAAGAGAAAAGUGGCCAAAUUAAGACUGAGCCCCAACGAAGAGGCCCGGUUAAUAAGAGAGGAGCAUGAAAGGAGGAGAAAACUACGAAUACAACAGGUUCGGGAGCAGCAGCGGCUCAUUGCGCAGCAGAUCCGCCAGGCGGUGGAGCAGAGGCGGCAGCAUGAGCUGGAUCAGCUGGCAGAGGAGCUGAGGCAGGACUGGGAGCGACAACAGAGGGAGAAACUUGUCUCGCUGCAGAGGUUAUACCAGGAGAGCCUCCAGCUUCUCGGUCAGGGACACAGCAGUGCAAAAGAUAAGGAACCCGACUGGGCUGCCAUAGCUCAGAGGGAGGAAGACAAUCGUGCCAAAGCAGAGGAGCGCUAUCGAGAAGCCCUGAAGGAGCUGAAAUCACAGAGGCUUAAAGACCAUGAGAGGCAAAGCCAAGCCAUCAAUGCCAGGAAGAAGGCACUACAGGUAGAAAAGGAUAGAUCAGCAAAAGUGGCCAGCCUGCCACCACCUCCCCCGAAUCCCACUCAGAACAUUGAUUUCAAGAAGCCACAUGUAGUAAAGAUAUCUGAUGUGAGUGCCUUUGCUGCUACGCAUUACCACAUGCUCGAGAGCACCGUGGACAGAGAGGUAGACACUCAGCAGCUUAAUGCCCAUGAGGAAGCUGAGCUAGAGGUGAGGAGAGUGCAGGACCUACAAAGGGAGGAAAAGAGGAGGAAAGAAGAGCAGCUUGAAAAGGCUCGUCUCAGAGGGAAGCAGGCUCUGAGGAGGGAGCAGCUUGUGCAGGAUCGUGAGCGCUUGCUUGUUGAACUGGAGCACAUGCAGCAGACGGACCUGCUGAGGAGGAGACAGCAGGUGUCACAGAUGCCUCCUCAGAUCUUCCAGCCUCUCUAUAAGCGACAGGAGGUGAGGGAAGACUUCCAGAGGGAGAUGGAGUUUGCCUUUGAGGACAUGUACACCGGAGAGAGGAGGGUGAAAGGUGACCUGGUGGUCCAGCUUGUCCCCGAGGCUCUGCCAGCUCUGUCCACAGGCAGCCAGGACCAAGAGCUGGACGUCACACUGGAUGAAAUCACCACACCGGGAACAGAAAACACACAACAUGACGCUGAGCAAGAAGCUGCAAGCACUGAGCAAGGAACAUUUGCUCAAGCUGAACCCUCCAAACCUGCACCUAGACGGGCGCUGAAGAAACUCCUGGAUCGAAUCAGGAGCCAGAGGAACCAGUGGACUGAGCACAACAGUCAUGUCCCUGCAGCUGAUUCACCAACCGUGAUCACAGAUCAGAUCCCAGAGCGGGACACAACCAUCGAGACAGGCUCUCUGACCAGUGUAGAGAAGGACAAGCCGACCCCCAUCGAGCUCCCUGAGCCUGCCCACUCACCACCAGCUUUGGAAACAACGGCGCAGUCUACUGUGGCAGAUACUCUACUUCCUGAUGCACUCGCAAAUAGAAGCCAAGAAUUUGAAGAAGAACAAAAGAAAAGGAGGGAGACGCAGCAGCAGGCGGUUUUGCUCCAGGAGCUUGAAGAGCAGAAGGCCAAACUGGAGCAGAUGCUGCUUGAGGCUCAGCAGGAGAGAGAAAAUCUGAAGGCAGCUGUGACCCAGGAGGUGCCUGUUAACCAACCACACACUCCUGUCCAUGAUCAGCACGUUGCCCCCAUCAGCCCUGGUCUAGCCGCUGAGCUGGAGCCUCCUGCAGGUGAAGAUGAUCACACCAGGAGGAUCAGAGAAUACCAACAACGGCUGCUGGAACAAAACAGAAUUCACCAGAGGUCAGUGGAAGUGGCUCGCCAGCGCCUCGAGGAAUACCAGCAGGCUCUGCGAAUGCGUUACACCAUGACCUCCAUGUCGUUGCUGCCCGCUGUCAUGCCUCCAGGUGUCAGUCACCCACCUCUGCACAGUACUCAGUCUGUGUAUCUUCCAGCUCCUCUACAACUCCCUACAAUUCCUGCAGUGCCAUCAUAUAUCCACAAUCAACCACAAACCUCUUUGGAAGUUCCCACAAGAGAGUCUGAAACGCCUGCUUCACCUCCACAUCUUCCUGGCUCCAGUUUCAGCGUUGGCUCCAAGUUGCUUCCAGAUGAAGUGGAAUCUUGUUGGAAUAGUCCCAGCAUCCAGAGACCAGAUGUGACUGCCUGGCUGACUGACAGCAUAAUGGAGAGAGUAACAGAGCACCUUCCAGAGAGAGUGAGACCCUCCUCGCUCACCACAGAGCCACUGCCGUACAAGCUGUGCACAACACAUCACUCACCCUCCAUCCCACUCCAGCCAGGCUCUGACAUGGUCCAAGCCAUUAGCCCGAGCAUCACGGACGGUGCACCUCUGGUUCCAGGCCAUGUGGCAGCUAAGCCUGGGACUUUGCUACGUGGCUCCCUGCAGACGGGGUCCCUGAGCUCCAGAGGGGAUGACAUGGAGAUGCAGAGGCGUGAGCUGCAGGAGCAGAGGGAGGCAGUGGUGCUGCAGCGGAGGCAGCAAGAAGAGGAGAGGCAGAGACGGGAAGAGGAGAUGGAGCAGAUGAGGUGGCAAAAGGAGACGUUGCAGGGUCUGAUUCACACUGACACACAGCGGGCUCCAGAGGCUGACCGUGAAGUGCUGGUUUCAGAGGACAUUGGUCAGACUCGCGUCAGAUUACUCGCAUCCCUGCUGAGAGCUCUAGAAGAGUCUAAUGGAGGAACUUUAUCACGCUUAGAAGAGACUCAGGAGAAAGAUGGCUUCUCUCAACAACCACCAUUUAGCAGUGCAGAGACAGAUCCCUUCGCUCAGACCAGUGCAGCAGCUGGACCUGCCCCGGUGUCAGUCCUCCCCUCAGGAUUUCCCCCUGCUCCUCGAGCAGCGAAGCCCCCGGUGACCCGUGUCAGGCUGGGAAUCAUGGAGAUGACUGAACAACAUGAGCUCAGUGCUAUUCAGGAGGUUGACACGCCAGUCAGCCCCAGCCAAGUCACAGGCCCUGAAGAUAUUGCGAGGGUGCCAUCACACACUGUGGACUGGGAUCGGCAGCAGGAAUCCGAUUCGUCUGUGGCCUCUGACAGGACUAUGCAGACACCCUCAGUGUCCAGCGAUGGGAAGAGGACUUCUGAAAGACCAACCUGCUCUGGGACCAGCUCAGAGAGAUCCAGCCAGCUCAUCUUGAGAGAGAAACUGCUGCUGGGGGCAGGAACAUCUCCAGAAUCUUCAGAGCCUGAUUCAGUCCUGAGAAUAAUCUCACCUCUUUCCUCUGACUCUGGGAGAGGAGCCGACUUCUCUGGUCCUGCAAUCACAAGCUGCAGAUUCCCCAUAGAGUGUCCUCACAGGCCUCCGGACUCCGACUGCCUCUCAUCCACCACCAUCUCCACCGGCAGCUACAUCACCACUGAUCCUGAGCAGAACUUAAACACCGAUAAAUCUCCACCUGUCAGAUGUUAUGAGGAACAAGAACAAAGAGCAGAGUUAUCCGACGUGUCCUCUCCAUCUGGUCAAAGCUCCUGCAUUAAGAACAGCUUGGCUGCAGGCCACCCCGGUGUAGAGCAUCUGUUUAAUGACAGCAGCAUCCAGCACAUUAUAGACAGAUACACAAGGGAGCUUAACAUCUCCCUCAGCACUGCUGGGAGAACCACAGACAGUGAAGGCUCAUGUGUGGAGGAACCUGGAUCUUCAGUGUCUCAGCAGUCUGUGGUUCGAGCCUCAGAGAGGAGACUGGAGGACGCAGGGUCUGCAGGUCGUCAGUGUCCUCCCUCAGACACAGCGGGGAUGCAGACAGGUGGCCUGGAAAGGAACCAAACAGCCUGUCCAAUCAUGGAGUACUUCUCAGGUGAGGACCUGUCACAGGAUGAGGACCCAGAGCAGGACUCUUUCAGGCCUCUGAUUGGCCAGCUGGCAGACCAGUCAUCCUGUCUUGCUGCUGGCCAGAGGGACUCAGCCAUGGAGCAGCUGGUCGGUAAGCCGUCGGCUCACUCGUCCAUGAUUGGUCAGCUUCCAGGUCUGCCGGUUUCCGUGAGCUUGGACCAAGGUGGAUGGGAUUCCACUCUGAGUCGGAUGAUUGGUCGACUCUCCCAUCUGUCCAGCUCUCAUUGGCUGAGUGGUGGGCAGGACUUUUAUGCGGGUCAGCUGAUGGGUCAGACAGCUCUGGAGCAAGCAACCACAUGGUUGGAUGAAGGUCAGGAGGAGAGCCCAAUGAGACCUCUGGUUGGGGAGCUGGAUAAUGAUCAGCACAGUAGAGUCUCAGGUGAAAGUACCCACGUGGAUUUUGCUGUCUCCGCUGAGGCUUUUUCGCCGUCAUGUCCAGCAUUGCCCCCUGAAGCUUCUUCACACAGUGCCACUGCCCCGGGUAUGAGUCCAUAUCCAGAGGACCAGAUACUGCAGAACCAAACCAGUUCAAUGAAUCUGGGCCCUGAGAGGACUGAAGUUUUUCUGGGCUCAGACUCAUUUCACCCGCUGCUGGCUGAGGUCACCCACAACGAAACAGCCGACCCCUCCAUGACCUUUCACCUGCUCAAGCACAGAGUGCCUAACUCUCCUGAAGGAGAGCCAGCCAGUGGGGAGCACAGUGUUUCCACACCUCCUGUUGACUCUGAAGCAUCACCUGAGUGCCUUCGAACUGAGAAGCCUGCCUUACAUGAGUCCUCCCAGUGCCUGUCUCAUGAAUCUGUCCUCAUGUUGGAAGACACCAUGAGGACAGAUGUGGAGCUAACAGCUGUGAAUCUGUCAAAUCUAACUAUGUGUGAUGAUACACCUGCUGUGGGCACGCACACACAGUCAGCCAGAGGGGCGGCACUAAGGAACCACAUUUCUAAAAGGCCUGGAGACUCGGUUUCAUUCAGUGACCUCUGUGCCGAAGACCUGGAGUCUGAGCAGGGCUCAAACCUGAGGAGUGAUAUCCCCGUCUCAGAUAAGAUAUUGGAAGCAGCCAGUGAGAAGGGGAUCCUGGAGCAGUCAGAGAUAACACUGGUGAGCUUGACAGACACCACACUGCAGGACCAAGAGACAACCGUCACUGAGGAAGAGGGGGUUUGGGAAGACAAACAUCCAGAUGGGGCGAGGGAGGAAGGACAGAAAAGCCAAGAGACGCAGGAGUCAGAAUCCACAUUGUUACCAGUGGAGAUGCUUGAGGACAAGGACCAAACGCGUCCAGUGAUGUUCCUGGAGUUUCAGUGGGGACCUAACAGAGGCCUGCAGGAGGUUAACCAGCAGAAGUACAGAGCUCUGCUCCAGAGAUCAUCCUGCAGGGUGGAAAACAUCAAGGCUAAAGGAGCUGUUGCCAAGAUUCAGCCUGAGAUUCAAGCUCCACCUGAGGCCAGAGAGAAGUCAAAAGCGGAGGAGUCUCAACCAGUCAGCUUGAAUGAUCCCAGGCUGAAAAAGGUGGAUGAGGUGAAGAUCGACAUUUCCGAGAUGCACCAGAGAACUCAGAGACUGUACGAGCAGCUGGAGGAGGUGAAGCAUCAGAAAACGAUCAGGAGCAGACAGGAAGCAUAUGCGAAAAACAGACUGAAAGCCAAGGAGUUCCACCAGAAAACCUUACAGAAGCUUCGUGCCAAGCGGACUCGGCAGUGACUGACGCUGAAUGUGUUCGAGUUUUACUUUUGUAAAUUUAGGCCCUUUUGUAAAGUUUGAUCAAUAAAGUAUUUAAGUCAUUUGAACCUAA